UUGUGUCUGUGUGCCGUUCAGGAGGACGUCUUGUCACAGUCUGUGGGACCAUGAACGCUGUGGUUUGUUGCCUGGUUAUUCUGUGGUGUGUGUGGGAGAUUCGGUGCACAGACGUACAGGUCAUGAAGGGAAACAACCUAACGCUGAAGUGUUCGCUGGAUACUGACGACCAGGAAGUCACGUGGUACAAAGAUGGCGACAUUGCUGCUUCCGUUCAGAUAUAUGAGGGUGGAAGCUGUGACUGGCUUCUAACAGAGAUUCAUAGGGGCAAUAUUUGGAUUUCUUGCUUCAAGAACUCGGUUUAUCUAACGGAACUGGAAUCCACGAGCGCAAACUGGUCAUGUGCUGAAACACAGAGAAAGAAAUACAGCGAUCAGAUCAAAGUCACAUUCCACUACGGACAAGAUGUCUUGAAGCCGGACCUCAUGGUUGCCCUGGAUACAGUCAUCCCCGGCACGACGUUUGCCUUGGACUGCACCGUCAACGUCCAAGUUGACCGCGUCAUCUGGUACCACAACGAGGUGAGCGUGGCCGACAUACGACGUGACACUGCAGGUCAGUGUAAGGUUGUCUGGCACAAGGACCGACGUUUUACAACUAGUUGUGAGGGAAACAGAACCAGUCUUGUUAUAAGGGAUGCCACCAUCUCAGACGCGAUGAUGUGGUACUGCUACGACUCGACUCAUCACAUCAAGAGCAAGAAGGUCAACAUUAACAUUGCCAGGGCCACAGAUAUUCCUACCCUGGUUAUCUCCCAGAAGGUCGCCAAUUUGGGCAGCUAUUUAAACCUGACCUGUCUCCUUCCGUAUAUCUCGCCACUGGUGCGAUGGACAUCUGAUGACCAGGACUUCGGUGAUGCCACCGUCCAGUAUAUCGGGGGUUGCAAAUUCACGAUCCAACAGGAACCACCAAACGGUUUUAACUACACGUGUGACAAAAGAACGGUGUCAAUUGGAUUUACGGCUCUACACGCAGUCAACGGAACAAGAUGGCGAUGUCAAGAUCCGUACCGGAAGUUACGAAGUCGGGAAGCGGAAGUAGAGGUUACCCUCCCAUCAGUGUGGCCAACUGGAGUUGACCUGAGUGGAUACAGGGGUUCGACCACUGACCACGCCGGGAUGACCAUCACCUGCACGUGCCACUGCGACCACCUGUUCGACUUCCAGUGGCACUACGGAAACCUGACAGCAACAACCUCGCACUCCGAGUUCGACUCCACGCAGUACAGAUGCAGCCAGUCUCUGACGCUUCGACCCGACUGGACAUACGACGGCCGGACUGUCCGAUGUUUAGUGAUCAACACAAAGACGAUGAAGGCAAGAUUUGGACAGGUCCAGCUGGACGUAGAGUAUCCCCCGCUUCCCUCGGUAUCCAUGGAGUUCCUAGCAGACAAAAACGGAACCGUGGAACCAGUUCUGAUAUGCAGAGUUCGGGCCAAUCCAGCUCACGUGACAUUCAGCGACUGGAAACACAUGUACAAUGGGGAGCUGGUUCGUGAGCUUCAAGGUGAACAACGACGGAUGGAGUCAAGGUUACGUCUUUCUAGACCCUCCUACAUGGAUGAGGGCGUGUAUGUCUGCAGCGUUACCAAUGACGCGCUCCACAAGCUGGGGAGGGAUCCGAUACCCAGCGAUAUCACGUUCGAGCCCCGGGGAGCUCCUGUAUUUCUGCAAACCAACGCGUUGUCAAAACAAAGGAUAGCCACAUCAGUGAACUUAACCCAACGUGUACUGUCGCCGUUGCCGACGUUGCGCGUUACCUGGCUGUACAAAGACGCCAGGCUGACGCUGCCCUAUUCCGGCUACAGGCAGGUAAUCAACAAGACUGUUGAAACGCUUUUGGUUUACACGAGGAGCGUUGAGAAGGAGGUGUUUGAUAUUCAACUGACCAUUGAGGAAGUUAACAAGCAGACCUAUGGAGCGUAUGUGUUGGAAGUGUGCAAUGAAGUCGGAUGUGUCAAGUCGAAGGAUAUACAUAUCAAAAUGAUGGAACCGGAUACACCAGAGGAGGAAGAAGAAGUACCGGAAGAGCCAGGGUCAAGGUUGGGGUACGCACAGAUCCUCGGCUUCUGUGCAGGGUUCGUGGCGCUACUUCUCAGCAUACUAUUGCUGGUGUUCGUGGUUCGACGUCAUCGGACGUCGGCGAGACACGUCAACAUCACACAAGAUCCGACACAAACACCGACCCCAGAUAUAGUAACUGAAGCAGCCCAGGUCGACUUGGCAGCGGACAGUGAAAAAGGAUCUCAGCUGUCGACAGAUGAGCCUGGAGUUGCCAUAGCGACAUAACGGGCUGAAAAAGGUGUUUAUUUUUAACCAUUGAGGAUGCUUCCAAAAUGUGCCAUGUAAUUUUGGUUCAAAACACAGUGCCAAUGUGACAAUACGAAACGCUGAUAUUACCAACAUAUGGAAGGAGAUAAAUUAACGUUGACAAAUUAUCAGCAAGUUGUGACACAUUGUUAAAGGAGGACCAUUUUCAUAAACAAACUUGGUUCCAAGCUGCCAGAACAUGUUGUGGUUUCUCACGCACGUGUUUCAUGUGAUGCACCUGCAGGUGGCCGUGACAUGCGAGUGUGUCCUAGUGACGUUGUUUUGUCUCCCUUGCGUGAAACCCAUGAGGCCUGGGGUCUGUUUCACAAAGCGAUCUUAGCGCUACGACUGUCGUAAGUCUAUGUUACAGUAUAGGGCCCACUUGCACAAAGCGAUCUUAGCGCUACGACUGUCGUAAGUCUAAGUUA